CCAACCACCAUUGUAUUCCGAAACGCUUCCCCCAAUCACUCAUUCUGUAAGUAUGGCUCAUCGUCAUCCCGAAGCCCCGAAUUCGUCCGCUUGCGAAGAUAAUAUUGGAAUUAAUCAGCCUAAUAAUCCUCACCGGACCGUGCAAACUAAGGUUGUCAUACCAAAUUAUCAUGGUGAAAAGCUAGUGGGGAUUUUACAUGAUACAGGUUCCAAGGAACUUGUAAUUGUGUGCCAUGGAAUAAAAUCCGUGAAGGAACGCAUUCCUAUGGCGAGUCUUGCUGCUGCAAUUGAAAAUACUGGAAUAAGUGCCUUCCGCUUUGACUUUGCUGGAAAUGGUGAAAGUGAAGGUUUGUUUCGGUAUGGAAACUAUCGUAGAGAAGCUGAGGACUUGCAUGCAGUUGUUCAACUUUUCCAGAAGAUUGGCCAUGUUAUAACCACAAUCAUUGGUCAUAGUAAAGGAGGAAAUGUGGUGCUGCUGUAUGCCGCUAAGUACCAUGAUGUUCAUAGAGUUGUGAAUAUAUCUGGCCGCUUUGAUCUCGAGAAAGGCAUUGAGGGUCGGUUGGGCAAGAACUUUCUGGACAGGAUUCAGAGCAGUGGAUUUAUCGAUGUUGGUAGUAAAAGUGGAAAAUUUCAGUAUCGCGUGACUAAGGAGAGCUUAAUGGAUCGUCUUUCUACGGAUAUGCGAGCAGCAUGCCACUUAAUACCUGAGAAUUGCAGGGUUUUAACUGUUCAUGGUUCCAUGGACCAAAUUGUACCAGUUAAAGACGCCUUGGAAUUUGAUAAAAUCAUUACCAAUCAUGUGCUCCGAAUUAUACAAGGGGCUGAUCACGAGUAUACUUCGCAUCAGAACGAAUUGGUAAAAGUAGUUCUGGACUUUAUCAGAGAUCACAGUCGAUGCAAUGACACAAUGGAGCAUUCACCAUCUCGUGUACACGGUCUUUCUUCUAUCAGUCCAAGGCUGUGAUUGUCGUUUCUUUGCAGCAGAGGAUGCAAAAAUGCAGCAUGCACACCCGAAAAUAAUAAGGGAGUCAGAAUAUUGAAGUUCUUGACCACCAUUUCUGAUAACCUGUGUAAUGUUUUAUCCUUUAGGGUAGCCUGCUGAAACUUUUGCACAUUGUAUGGCCCCCUUUUUUCCGAAGUUUUAUGCAACAAUUAUUUAUAAAACUAGUGUUGUGAUGAUUCUACAUCUUUUGGCUCAAGAGUAGAUUAGGGAUAGUGUCAUAGAAUGGGUAUGACUGUAGACUAUUGUUUCGACAGAAAUUUCAACUCAUUAAUUUUGUGGACCAAAAUAACAUUGGUUAAUUUGCCAAUGCACGGUUUCAAACAUUAA